GCCUUCCCUCUCCCCACCCAUUUCUACCUAUAAAACCCACCCCACACCCCACCUCUGUUCCCAUCUCGCGAAGCCAAGAAUCCACCACCACCAUCACCGGCGCCGGCAAGCAACGAGCCAGGCUUCGCUCCCGUCGCUCCGUUCAUCUCUCUCCGAUUCAGCGCCGCCAGGGAGGCAGCGGAACAGCCAAGGCCAUGGCGGUGGACCUCAUGUCCUGCGGCGGCGGCGGCGCCUACGAGCACCUGGCGUUCCAGGAGGCCGCCGCGGCGGGGCUCCGCAGCCUGGAGCUGCUGGCGUCCUCGCUCUCCCCGCGCGCCGGGUCCCCGCCGCUCGGCCAGAUCGCCGACCAGGCGGUGUCCCGCUUCCGCCGCGUCAUCAACCUGCUCGACCGCACGGGCCACGCCCGCUUCCGCCGCGCUCCCGCCGCGCCGCCCGCGACGCCUCCCGAGUCUCCUCGCCCGGCGCCCGUCCCGCAGCCCCCGGCGGCGGCCGCCCCGACGACGAAGAGCCUGACGCUGGACUUCACCAAGCCGCCCCCGGCGGUGGCGGCCAAGGCGCCCGCCCCCGCGCCGGCGGCGUCCGCGACGUCGACGUCGUUCCUGUCGUCCGUGACGGCGGGCGGCGAGGGCAGCGUGUCCAAGGGGUGCAGCCUGCAGGCAGCCGUGUCCUCCGGCAAGCCACCCCUGCCGAAGCGCAAGCACCCCGCCGCCGCCUCCGCCGCCGCCGCCGCCGCGCACCAGCACCAUCACCAGGCGGAGGCGGAGCCCGGCGCCGCCGCGCGGUGCCACUGCGCGAGGAAGCCGAAGCGGAGCCGGCAGGGGCUGUCCCGGCGCACGGUCCGCGUGGCCGCCGCGGGGGCCCAGGCGGCUUCGUCCCACGCGCCGGCGUCCUCCGACAUCCCCGGCGACGACUACUCGUGGCGCAAGUACGGGCAGAAGCCCAUCAAGGGGUCCCCCUACCCGCGCGGCUACUACCGGUGCAGCAGCGCCAAGGGGUGCCCCGCCCGGAAGCACGUGGAGCGCGCCGCCGACGACCCCGCCACGCUCGUCGUCACCUACGAGGGCGACCACCGCCACGACGCCGCCGCCGGCGCCGCCCGCGCGCCGUGAGCGAGGAUCGUUAGCUCGUUCUAGCAGUAGCAGCUCUAGUAUGCUUGUUUGAUUUGUUCUUUGGUUGGGUUAGCGGUAGACGACGGUCGCGCUCGUGCUUCUUCUUCUUCUUGUAAAGAAAACCAUCAAUCAAAUCAAAGAGAGAGCCUCUCCAACUGCAUCCCCAAUCGGCAAUUUUCCAUGACAAUCCCAAAGUUGGGUUUUUUUUGCCGG